AUGAGAGGCGCGCUCCAGCCGGGCGAGGAUAUUAUCAAUCGUCUGCCCGACGACGUGCUCUCCGCAAUUCUCGACCGCGCCUCUUCCAGCAACGCGGUGCACCACGCGCUCGUGUGCCGCCGGUGGCUGCGACUGGCGCAGCACUCGCAGCAAGCCGUACACGUCAGCGCGGAGCGCAACCUCCACGCGGGCGAGCUGCUGCGCGGCUUGUCGAGACUCCCCAACGUGACCUCGCUCAUGCUAGCCUACAGGAGCGUCGACUUUCUCAACGACGAGUUCCUAACGGCGCUGCCCUCCGCCUGCUCGCAGCUCUCCCGCCUGCGCCUGGACGAGCCGCGGUACACCGGAGUGCCGCACUUCCGCAUCACGCCCACAUGCCUCGGCCGCUUCUUCCUACGCGCUUCGCGCCUCGAGGAGCUCACUCUCGACCACAGCUUCGGCAACAUGACGAAGCUUCCCUCCUCGCUCGCAUCGCUCUCGUCGCUCCGCGUGCUCAACCUCAGCUUGGCGCGCAUUACCGUUCUUCCCGACGGGCUCGGCGCGCUGCGCGCGCUGGAGGAGCUGCGCGUCAGCUGCCCCGAGCUGCGAAGCCUCCCCGCGUCCGUUACGCAGCUCACGCGGCUGUCUCUCCUCUGCGUGACAGACUGCCGCGCCGUGCGCCAGCUGCCCGCGCAGCUCGGCGCGAUGAGUGCGCUGACGGCGGUGGAAAUACACGGGUGGUUCCGCCUGGAGGGCAUUCCGGAGAGCAUCGGCGCGCUCAAGGAGCUGCGCCGCCUGGACUUGCGCAACAUCAGCUGCGCGAUGCCCGAGGUGGGGGAGGAGUGGCGCAAGCUGGAAGAGUUGCGCCUGGAGAACGUCAGCCGCGGCCUCCGCGCGCUCCCCGACGACAUCGGCGCGGCGCCGGCGCUCCGCGAGAUCGAGAUCGUCGACUCGCCGAUCGCCGAGCUGCCCGCGUCGAUCGCGAUGCUGACGUCACUGGAGCGGCUGGUGCUGGCGCCGAGCAAGUCGAUGAGAGCGCUGCCGCCCACGCUGCUGGCGCUGCCGCGAUUGGCGCACGUGGUGCUGAAGAACGUGUCGUGCCUUGCUUCGCUGAUCGGGGGCGGCGGCGAGCGCGCGGACGCGGACGCGGACGCGCGCGGACAUCGCCAGCCAGGCGGGCGCCUCGCGCCGCUGCAGUCUUUCUCCCUCGAGUGUUGCUACUUAAUCACCCAUUUUGCCCCCGCCCUCCCCGCGCUCGUGCAAUCCUUGCGCGCGCUCACGCUCGCUGACCUCCCCGCGCUCUACUCCUUGCCCGCCGAAGUCUUCCGCCUCACCGCGCUCACCUCCCUCUCGCUCCUCCGCCUGCAGCACGUCAAGUGCCUCCCUUUCGCGCUCUCCGCGCUCACCGCCCUCCGCGCGCUCACAAUCACCUCCGCGUCCGAGCUCGCGGCGCUUCCCGAAUCCCUGGGCCAGCUGGCGGCGCUCGAGUCGCUGGAGCUCGACGACUGCCCCGCGCUGCGGAGCCUGCCCGCGUCGCUGGGCCGCCAGACGGCGCUCGGCGUUGCGGAGUCUUCCGCCGUGUCCGCCGCCAUGAACGGGCUCAGCGCACUGACGCACCUCAGCGUCUCCCGGUGCGGUGCCCUCACCGCGCUGCCGGGCUCCGUUGGUCAGCUGGGCCGCUUGAAAACGUUGACUAUAGCGAGCGCGGCGAUCGCGUCCCUAAGCCCGUCGAACGGUCUGAGCGGGCUGACCAGCCUGGAAGCGCUACGCAUCUCCGACUGCCCCCUCCUCGCCGCGCUCCCCGCGUCCCUCUGCGCCCUCCCCCGCCUCCACACGCUCUCCCUCGCCAAAUGCCCCGCCCUCCGCGCCCUCCCCGACGCCAUAGGCCAGCUGCGCGCCCUUAAGCGCCUCUCCCUCAAGGACUGCGCCGCGCUCGCCCGCCUCCCCGCGUCCCUCCCGCGCCUCCCCGCGCUCGAGUCGCUCGACAUCGCUUCCUGCGCGCUGCUCGCGCACCUCCCCGACGACUUCCGCCCGCUGCCUCGCCUCGCGCGCCUCUCCGUCCGCAACUGCCGCGCCUUCUCCCGCCUCCCCGCCUCGCUCUCCCGCCUGCCCGCUCUCCGCGUGCUCCAGCUCUCGUCCUGCGCGUCUCUCUCCGCGCUCCCCCCGGACCUCGCGGCCCUCCCCGCGCUGCACUCGCUGCUGCUGGACGGGUGCUCCGCGCUGGCGGAGCUGCCCGCGGGGCUGGCGCGCGCGCAGGGGUUGCGCCACGUGGACGUGCGCGGGUGCGGGGCGGUGGGAGAGGACGCGGAGGUGGGAGUGUGCGGGCGACGCGUCCACGUGGAGCGGGAUCGACGCGAAGGGGGCGAAGGGGGCGAAGGGGGCUCGUACGUGGGGACGAUGGCCAGAGACAUGGAAGGAGGUGAAGGGGGGACAGAAAGGGGAGGUGUGGUGAGAGGCGGGUUGGAGGGAGCUGUAGCGGCUGAGGGGGAUGAAGGCGUAUCCGGGAUGGGCGCAGAGAGGGAGAGCAGAGGUGGGGAAGUGGAAGGAGGUGAAGGGGGGGCAGAAAGGGGGGGUGUGGUGAGAGGCGGGUUGGAGGGAGCUGUAGCGGCCGUGGGGGAUGAAGGCGAAUCCGGGAUGGACGCAGAAAGAGAGAGCAGAGGUGGGGAGGAUGGCUUUGGUUCAGUGUGGCAAUCGCGAAGGGACCGAGAGGGGGAGAGGCAGGAGGAAGGGGAAGGUGUGGGGGAUGAGUUGUGGGGAAGGACGAUAAGGUGGGAGAGGGUGAGAUGA